GUGCUGACGCCAUGACGCCCCGGCCGGUGUGUUUCGGUGUGUGUGUGUGUGUGUGAGUGUGCGCGCUCCGAGUGUGUGUGUAUUUGUGUAUCGGCGGUCCCGCAGGUCCCGGAUGUUGCGGACAGUAUGAAGCGAGCGCAGGGGGACGGGGACCAGCAGCUGUCGCCGCCGCUCUCAGAGAUUUCCUGUUAGACAAGACAAAUUAGAGUCUUCCUACUGACUUGGCAUAUUUACCUGUUGAGCCAUCAAGGAAGCCCCUACUUUAAGUACCCUUUGAGUAAAGGGUACUCAAUUGGGUGAAGAAACAAUAGAAGUUUUUGUCCCUUGACUUCGGAAAUCUUGUUUAACCUUCAAACUGGCGAUGUCAAGGGUUCCAAGUCCUCCACCCCCGGCAGAAAUGUCGAGUGGCCCUGUAGCUGAGAGCUGGUGCUACACACAGAUCAAGGUAGUGAAAUUCUCCUACAUGUGGACCAUCAAUAACUUUAGCUUUUGCCGGGAGGAAAUGGGUGAAGUCAUUAAAAGUUCAACCUUUUCAUCAGGAGCCAAUGAUAAACUGAAAUGGUGUUUGCGGGUAAACCCAAAAGGACUAGAUGAAGAAAGCAAAGAUUACCUGUCACUUUACCUGUUACUCGUCAGCUGUCCAAAGAGUGAAGUUCGAGCAAAAUUCAAAUUCUCCAUCCUAAAUGCCAAGGGUGAAGAAACCAAAGCUAUGGAGAGUCAACGGGCAUAUAGGUUUGUGCAGGGGAAAGACUGGGGAUUCAAAAAAUUCAUCCGUAGAGAUUUUCUCUUGGAUGAGGCCAAUGGGCUUCUUCCUGAUGACAAGCUUACCCUCUUCUGUGAGGUGAGUGUGGUGCAAGAUUCCGUCAACAUUUCUGGCCAGAAUACCAUGAAUAUGGUGAAGGUUCCUGAGUGCCGAUUGGCAGAUGAGUUAGGAGGACUGUGGGAGAACUCCCGGUUCACAGACUGUUGUUUGUGUGUUGCUGGCCAGGAAUUCCAGGCUCACAAAGCUAUCUUAGCAGCUCGUUCUCCAGUUUUUAGUGCCAUGUUUGAACAUGAAAUGGAGGAAAGCAAAAAGAAUCGGGUUGAAAUCAAUGAUGUGGAGCCUGAAGUUUUUAAGGAAAUGAUGUGCUUCAUUUACACGGGGAAGGCUCCGAACCUCGACAAAAUGGCUGAUGAUUUGCUGGCAGCUGCUGACAAGUACGCCUUGGAGCGUUUAAAGGUCAUGUGUGAGGAUGCCCUCUGCAGUAAUCUCUCCGUGGAGAACGCCGCAGAAAUUCUCAUCCUGGCUGACCUCCACAGCGCAGAUCAGUUGAAAACUCAGGCAGUGGAUUUCAUCAACUACCAUGCUUCGGAUGUCUUGGAGACCUCCGGGUGGAAGUCAAUGGUGGUGUCACAUCCCCAUUUGGUGGCUGAGGCAUACCGCUCUCUGGCUUCAGCACAGUGCCCGUUUCUGGGACCCCCACGCAAGCGCCUGAAGCAGUCCUAAGAUCCUGCUCGUUGUAAGACUCCGUUUAUUUUCCAGAAGCAGCAGUCAUCAUGGCUGCCACUGACCACCAGGUAGACAGCGCAAUCUGUGGAGCUUUUACUCUGUUGUGGGGGAAAGAGACUGCAUCGCGGCCCCAGACUUUUAAUACAGCACUAAACAAACUUGGGGGAAAUGGGGGUGGGGGGAGGGAAGGGCCCAGGACUCGGGGCUGUUCGACCUAAUGGAAACCCUGUUGCUGCGUCGCUGUGUCCCCUUUGGCCCGGCCAAGGUUGAUACUGUGGGGAUUCAGCUUAGGCGCGGGCCCUGAGGACAUCCCCGCGGAGGUACUUUGGAGAAACCUGUCUGCAUCUGACUGAGCAGAGCAAAUCGUCAGGUGCCUGGAGCAAAAAGAAAACUUAAAAAGGACAUUUAGUUUUAAGAGAAGGGAAAAGAAAAGAAGAAAGGAUUUUUGCAGAAUUUCUCAAAAAAUCAGUUUGUGGAUUCCAGUAGUAUUUAUGUUGAGAGAGAUUUUAGUCCAUCCAGCUGUGCUAAAACUCUGAUAUUUGUGAAAACUCCUCACUACCAUGCAAGUUAUCAGAAGAGCUCUCUUGUGGUUAGCACUUAUUGUUUGCAAGAACAGAAUAUGUCUUGUUACCCUUUGAUGAAAAAUAACCAGCAGAGGUGAAAGGGGAAGGAGAUUAUUUGAUCUAGAAGAUGAGUGUUCUGAUGUGGUAGCUUUUGGAAAAAAAUCUUUAUUGGUGUUGAAAACUGGAAAAAAUAGUUUAUCCAGAAUUCAUACUGUCUUGACAAGAACUAUGGUUCUCUGUUUUUAGAUAUUGUGGAAAAUGUUUUUUGGCAUUUUUCUCUGAUUUUAUUUCGUCUCCCCCACUCCUUUUUCUAAAAAAAACAAACAAAUACACACACAACAAUAACAGAGCAAAAAGAAGAGAAAAGAAAAGGAAAUGUUAUUAUUAAUGCUGUGUGAAAAACCUCCCAGCCCAAGAUUGCUCAGCUGUUUGUACCUGACUUGCCGCCUGCAUAGGAGCCAGUCCUGUUCCUUCCAAUUCACCCCUCUUCCUGCAGGGGAGAACUUCCAAAUGUUAAUUUUUUUUUCUUUUUGAAAAUAUAAAUAAUUACUAUUUUGUA